GUAAAACUACUGGUCCCUCGCCGCGGACAACACUGCAUCGUUGACUACAUAACUAGUUAAUGAGUGUCUCAAUUGCAGCAUCUUAUUGCAGCAUUCAAUGGGCGUUUCCGCAACCCAAACCGCUCCACAUGGGCGUCGUCAAUCAAAAAAGUCUACAGGCGUUGUCAGGGACGACUCAGAUGAUGAGCUUGGCAUAGAUGAUCUUCCAUGGGAAUGGAUUUUCGAGUCCAAUGAUGCGGAUACCUCACAGGACCAUGGCGACGACACGCAAACCUCUCGGAAGCGGAGGAGAGCCAACACUGAGACGCGGAUCAUGGGUGCCCGAAUGGGCAAGUUUGAGUGCUACGUUGGCGACUGUGUUCUACUGAAGGCGGAAGGGUCCAACGAGGCCUGGGUCGCCAUAGUCUGCGAGUUUCUAGAAGAAGAGGAUGGCGAAAAAGCAGCGAACUUCAUGUGGUUCUCGACAGAGAAGGAAAUCCGUAACAAGGAGAGGAAACGGUCGGAUUUCCUGCCUAAUGAACUAUACAUCUCACCUUCGUGGGAUGUAAAUCCGCUCGCCGCUGUCAACGGCACAGCCGUCGUCAUUUCUCAUCGGGUUUUCCAUGAAAAGUACCCGUCGGGCAAGAUACCUCGAUCCUCACCCGAUUAUGGUAAGACCUUCAUCUGCCGUCGCGCAUGUAACACAAGAACAGCAACCUACACAGAUGAGUUUGUGUGGGAAGAAGUGUAUCAUGCGAGUGAGCAGGGCGUUUCUGAUCUGAUCGGGUUUGUCAAAUCACAAACAAAGUCGACGCGACAUCGUCAGGCAGCGAGGCAAUCAACACCGGAGCAGUCAUACAAGAUGACCACAGAUCGUUCGGCGGGUGCAUCGACGCCUAAACGAACCCCGAGGGCCGAACAUUCAACGCCCAAGGGAGACGCCCGGAUAACGACGACACCUGGGUCUCGUAAACGGAUCGUGGUGAAGAAGACACUCGAGUUCACGCCUUUAGGUACGAGAGUACUGUCACCAAAACGUUUGCAGUCUUCGCCUUUUCAGCUGGCUCGUUCCCAGCUCCACGUUGCCUCCGUACCAAGAAGCUUGCCUUGCCGGGAGAGCGAGUUCAACCUGGUGUAUUCACACCUGGAGGCAGCCAUUGCGGAUGGUUCAGGAAGCUGCAUCUAUAUUGCUGGUACUCCAGGGACAGGGAAGACGGCCACUGUCCGAGAAGUGAUAUGUCGCCUAGAAGAUAGCGUGAAGGCCGACGAGCUUGACGAUUUCAUAUUCGUAGAAAUCAAUGGCAUGAAGAUCACCGACCCUCACCAGUCCUACACCCUCCUAUGGGAGGCACUCAAAGGCGAGAGAGUUAGUCCUACACAAGCCAUCGACCUUUUAGAGAGAGAGUUCAGCAAUCCAAGUCCUCGCCGGACGCCGUGCGUUGUGCUGAUGGAUGAACUGGACCAGCUGGUGACGAAGAACCAGAGCGUCAUGUACAACUUUUUCAACUGGCCUGGCCUUCGACAUAGCAGGCUCAUUGUCCUAGCCGUUGCGAAUACCAUGGACCUUCCGGAGAGAACUCUGAGUAACAAGAUCAGCAGUCGCAUAGGCUUGACAAGAAUCACAUUCCCAGGCUAUAACCAUGAACAGCUCAUGAAGAUUAUUCAGUCCAGGCUGGAAUGUGUGCCCGGGAGCAUCGUGGAGGCAGACGCUAUUCAAUUCGCCAGCCGGAAGGUGGCUGCAGUAAGCGGCGAUGCAAGAAGAGCCCUGGACAUCUGUAGACGAGCUGUAGAGCUCGCCGAAGGCGACACCCGUAUCGAGACGCUUGUAGUUGACCCCGAGGCACGACGAUCAACCCCGAGCAAAGGCAGACCAUCAGGUGCGCCAGUCAAGGUUACUAUCGCCACAAUCAAACGUGCCAUCAACGAGGCCACGACCAAUCCUGUCCAACAACACCUUCGGUCUCUACCUUUCGCACCCAAGCUAUUCCUGUGUUCGUUGCUAGUCAGAAUCCAAAGAAGCGGCACUGCUGAGACGACAUUCGGCGAUGUAGUGGACGAAAUACACCGCAUCAUCAACCUGGACACGGCGACUCUCGAAUCCACCAUCCUCGGAGCUCUGUCGACGGGGCCAUCAGGAAGUGACGUCGGCCAGGGCAAUGGUAGUAUUCGGGUAGUCCAGUCUCUGGCGCUUCCUCAGGCGGCGCUUGAACUAAUGGGCGCUGGCAUCAUUGUACUAGAAGCGCAUAAACCAGAACGACCAAGCAAGGUGCGUCUCGCUGUGGGUGAUGAGGAGGUCAAGAUGGCGUUUCGAGAUGAUGGAGAAGUAAAAGCCUUGGGUCUGUUUUUCUAGGUCACCGUCUGAAAUAUAGGUCCCGAAUGCAGGCAGGCUUUGGGGUCGGGUAUCUAUUAAUGACAAGUAAGGCUGGGGUUUCCGAGCCGAUCCUACUUUCUUCUACAUGAAUCCUUUGCUAGUAUCUAGAACUUGCGUCUGGCCAGUGUUGGCUGCCAAACAAUGGGGUGUGACUCAGGUGUCGCCUUCUCAUCCUGCUUCCAUAUCUUGAUCGUCUUGUCGGCCUCUCCGCAAAUCAAACGCAACCCGGAGCGAUCAAACGUAGAACUCAUGAUGCCCGCCUCGGCGUCCAAAGACCCCGGCUGUGCCGUAGUAUCUAGAGCCUGGAAGCGAUGGCCUGUCUUCCAGUCCCAGAAACUCAUGGAGCCAUUAUCGCCACCCGAAAACAAAACGUUUUCCUGGUUAACGCUGAGCGUAUUGACGAUGGCGUUGUGGCCGUCGAAAUUCUGCAUGAAGGCUCCUUCGGGACAUUUCCACUGCUUGAUACUUCCCGUGCUACCACUAGCAAACGUAAACUCUGAGGGAUGCGUGGCCAAGGCUCUGACGCCCUUUUUGUGAUGCGUCAAGACACCCAUGGUCUUUCCGGCAGCCAAAUCCCAAAGUCUCACUGUCGCAUCUAAAGAGCCGGUCAUGACCUGAGGAUCGGCCUCUUGACACUUGACGUCCGAUACGGUCCCGGUGUGGCCGGAUAAUACGUGAAUGUUGCUUCGGGUUCGCAUGUCCCAGACUCUUGCGACACCGUCUCGACCACCAGUGACCAGUACGUCUAAGGUAGGAUGAAGCGCAAGUGUGUAGACGCCGCUUAGAUGGCCAUGGUAGUGGCGGAUAACCUUGUUUGUCUCGAGAUCCCAGCAUUUGACCAUCUUGUCUUCGCCACAGGAGAACAAGUAAGGGUGGCGCGGGCUUACGGCAAGGCCACGUACGGUCGAUAUAUGACCAGUCAGAGUCAGGCGUAAGGAGCCGGUGGCUAAAUCCCAGAUCUUGAUAGUCCUGUCGCCAGCACCACUUGCAAACCACUUAUUGCCUGGCUCGACCGCUAAGCUCCGAACCCAUCCCAGGUGACCAGAAAUGACUCUCAUUAGCUUCCAUGGCGGAUGCCACUCAGGCCUGGCGCCGUGAGGAGUUGACGCGCCCGCUCGGGUCAGACUUGUGGGCUGAGAAAGCUGGGAGUUGUUGUCUUUGGCGCCGGGUCUUUCGUUAUUGAUGGGAGGAGCGCCAGGGCCGGGUCCAUUGGGGCCCUCAAGUAGCUUCUGUGCAGAGUUUCGUCUGACGACAGCCUGCUCUGGCUUGAAGUGUGUCUUGAUUCGCCGUGCCUUCGUGGGAGCGGGCUGCUUAGCAGCAAGAGCUGGUGGAAGCUGCUGAACCCCGAAGUAUUCGAGCUUGAAACGGCGAUCGGCACUCGUUUCGUCGCUGGGCCUCUCGGUCGACGAGUCGCUAGGCUCGUUUCUUUGUCGUUUCCUGGAGGAGAGGCCGGGAGCCUGGGGGUAAAUUGUUCUGGUCGUCUUCUGAUUGCCGUCUAGGAGGGACCUUAAAGGGGUGGUGUCGGACGAGGGCGCCGUCGGUUCAGCCAUGGCGGCUCCCAUCGCAGUGGCGACCUUACUGGGUGAAUGGAGCGGAAGUAUCGCAGAAGCGCGUUCUGGUUGAAUUUUCGUUGAUUCGACGAUCUUGUUUAUGUGCCAGGUGCCGAAUGGUUAUUGUGGUGCGUCGCGGUAUGGCGGAACGAGAUGGGAUGGAUGGAAAAAGACUGACGCGCCCGAGUCUU